AUGGACGCCCCGCCAGUCAAGCUGGCGGAGCUUCUCCGGCAUCCCGAAGAUCUCGACAAGAUUGGAGCCCUGAAGCUGGAGUUCACGCGCAAGAAGGCAGCGGUGGACUCGCAGCUUCGGGGUGGACUGCGCGACCAGUUGGAGACAACCCAGGCCGGCAUGAAUGGCCUGACCGAUGGCCAGAAGACGGUACAAGCCAUCCGAGACGAGAUGAUGAAGAUCGAUACCCUAUGCUCCGAGUCCCAGAACAUGAUCAAGGAUUUCGCCAGCAUCAACGUCGUCUCACAAGCCCACCGAAACUUUGGCGCCGUCGAAACCAUGGUCGACAACCUCCAAACCUUCAACGACCGUCUAAAUAGAAUUGAGAUCAUGUUGAGGGAGGAUGCGCAGGACACCAAGAACAUGCCAAAUCUACUGCGAGUGCAUUACGAGCUUACCCAGUUGCGAAACAUACGAGACGAUGCCAUGGAACAGAUACAGCGCGCCGAAGACCCGAGUUUACAAUCUACAUUGGAAGACUACUUUUCGAGACUAGAUGAUGCUAUUGAAUGGUUCGACCACCACUUCGAUCUGAUAGCGCUCGAUAUGAUCAACUUAGUUUGUGAUGGCGACGAUGGUAUCGUCACUCGCCUUGCUAUUAUUGUCGAAGCCGAGGAAAAAAGUGAUCUGAGAGUAGAGGCCCUGCAAGAAGCUCUGAAGGAUCAUAAGGAGAUGGCUACGCGAUUUCAGAGCAUAACCGACGGCGCCAAGAAGGUCAGAGGAUACAAGGAUAGGUUCCUCAAAGCCAUCAGCAUAGCUUGUGAGGAGAAGUUGGCUGAGGCGAGACAAAAAUUUCUAGAUGACCCGACAAAACUUGCAGACUCGAUGAAGUGGUACUUCAACUACCUCAAUGCGGUAAAGCAGGGAAUGGUGCAUUUGAUGCCCAAGAAAUGGAGGAUACUCAAGUUAUUCGGCGACAUCUAUCAUCAACUAAUGCACGACCUCUUAACCGCCUUGAUAGAGGAUCCAGAAGCAAGCUCAGCUCAUACGCUAGAGAUCAUCAAUUGGCCUGAAAAAUAUUACAAAAAGAUGAGGAAAUUAGGGUUCGUAGAAAGCGAUCUGAGGCCACACGUGAUCGACAACCGAGAACAAGAACUCGUCAAAGACUUCCGACAACUCAUCAUCAAAUUCCUCGACGAAUGGAUCGAUCGCAUUUUCGCCCAGGAGAAGCGCGACUUUGCCGAUCGGAACGUUGAAGGUUCGAAUCUGGAUACGGAUGAAUAUGGUUACUUCCGCACCAGGAAUCUAGUUGAUAUGUGGCGCAUGCUUCGGGAACAGAUCGAUGUGGCCGGGAACUCACAGAGGACAGAUGUCGCUGAGGGUGUCAUAGACUCGAUGUUCCUUCGACUCCGCCAACGACAGCAAUCCUUCCAAAAGAUGCUCGAAGAAGAGGCGACUAAAUAUGAAAGCGAUAAGGAAUCCGAAUUGGACGGUUUCCAAGCACUACAGGACUGGCUUGUGGCUACUGCCAACGACCAAAUGGCCUGCAUAGACGACAACGAGGAAGAAGGCCGGUUUGCAUAUCUCUCUAGCUUCAAGCAGAAAUUCGAGCCAUUCGUCACGCCACAGUACAUGGAGCACGCCGAGAAUGAAAUGAACCUUUUACGAGACGGCUACGUCGACUUCAGCACAUGGUGCAUCAACAAAUUCGCCAAACUAGUCAUAUCGGUGGAUUUCAGGACAGUCAUCACGACCUUCUUCACGCCGCGCUGGUACGAGACCAUGGCCAUGAAGCAGAUGAUCGUGACCUUCGAAGAGUACGUCAGCGACUACCAGCAGGUGCUGCACCACUCGCUGGUGGACAUCUUCGUCGAGAUCUUCGCGGACGAGCUGCUGGUGCGGUAUCUCAUGUGCGUGCGCAACAAAGGCGCCAAGUUCAAGCGCACCGACCCGUUCCAGGACAAGAUCUUCAACGACAUCUCCACGGCCUUCGAGUUCUUCCGCGCCCUCCCCAACCCGGACGUCGGCAACACCAUUACCCAGACCUGGCGCGUCACGGAGUACUUCUUGCAGUUGCUGACUUCCGAGAAGGAGGCGCUGCCGGAUGUGUUUCAGGAUUUCAAGUCUAGAUACUGGGACCUGCAGAUCACGUGGGUCGAGGCCGUGCUGAGGUCGCGCGAUGACUUUGAGCGCAGCAUGCUUAACGCGGUUAAGGCGAGGGCGGCGCAGAUGGAUGUCGUCAGGGGGCCGGAGACGAUCAUGGGGAAAGUCAAAUAA